CGAGAGAGAAAGGAGAGAGAGAGGGAGGAGGAGAGAAAGGAAGAGAGAGAGAGAGAGAGAGAGAGAGAGAGAGAGAGAGAGAGAGAGAGAGAGAGAGGGACAGAGAGAGAGAGAGAGAGAGAGAGAGAGAGAGAGAGAGAGAGAGAGAGACAGAUAGAGAGACAGAUAGAGAGACAGAGAGAGAGAGAGAGAGAGAGAGAGAGAGAGAGAGAGAGAGAGAGAGAGAGAGACAGAGAGAGAGACAGAGAGGGGAGAGAGAAAGAGAGAAAGAGAAGGAGAGAGAUGGAGAAGGGAGAGAGAGAAGAGGAGAGGAGAAGAGAGGAGAGGAGAGGAGAGGAGAGGAGAGGAGAGGAGAGGAGAGGAGAGGAGAGGAGAGGAGAGGAGAGAAGAGAAGAGAAGAGAAGAGGAGAGGACAGGACAGGACAGGAAGAAGAGGAGAGGAGAGGAGAGGAGAGGAGAGAGGAGGAGAGGAGGGGAGAGGAGAGGAGGAGAGAAGAGGAGAGGAGGGGAGAGGAGGAGAGAAGAGGAGAGGAGAGGAGAGGAGAGGAGAUGGAGAGGAGAAGAGAGAAGAGGAGAGGAGAGGAGAUGAGAAAGAGAGGAGAGGAGAGGAGAGAGGAGAGAGGAGGAGAGGAGAGGAGAGAGGAGGAGAGAAGAGGAGAUGAGAGGAGAAGUGAGGAGAGGAGAGAGGAGGAGAGGAGAGGAGAGGAGAGGAGGGGAGAUGGAGAGGAGAGGAGAAGAGAGAAGAGGAGAGGAGAUGAGAAAAGAGAGGAGAGGAAGGAAAGGAGAGGGGAGGAGGGGAGAGGAGAGGAGGAGAGAAGAGAGGAGGAGAAGAGAGAAGAGGAGAGGAGAUGGGAAAAGAGAGGAGAGGAGAGG